AGUUUGAGUUUGACCUGUCCCAUCCCAACAAACAUCCCAACACCAGGAAGACCUGGUUGAUACGAUGCGAAAUUUCGUCAGAAAGAGUUUGCAACCGAACGAGAGAGACUCGGCCCUACAACGUACCUAGUGCACUGGGCAGUGAAAGCAGUAAGAAGAGCACCUGACAAGCAUCGAAGGCCCCAGCAGUGCCAGCACGUCUCCGAAGGAGAUGGUCUCGAAGUCAUGACGGAAAUCUCCCGGGGACGUGGAUAGGGUGUCGUUGACCAUGCCGACUUCACGGGAGCAGAUGCUGAUGACCGACUCGAUCACCUGCGAGACUCGAGCUGGAACACGGCUAAUCGUGGGAGAUCCUCUCCUAGAUCUACCUUGGUUCACGCUAGUUAACAGAUUCCGCUUCACCCUCAGGGACCUCGGCGAGAGGUGGCGGAAAGAUGGUCUUGCCCCCAUCUCCUGAGAGGCCGCCCUGGUUGGAUCACAAGGUCGUCUAGGGACCUCAAAGUCGCUGUCAUCAAAGAUGGUAGAGUCUUCUUCUCGCAAGGUUAUCAGCGAUCGGUUGCCUUGUUGGUCCCCAGCAUGACUUUGGUUCAAGGACAAAGGCAUAGAACAAUCCUUGUAAGGAAGACCUUCAUUCGUCUCAUCCUCUCCUCCCCGCAAGCGCAGAAACACCACCUCAUUGUUUCUAGACCUGUGAAGAUGUAUCCUUGGGCAAGAAGUGACAGGCUCGUGCACAUACAAGCAACUAGCAUUCACAAAGAGAAAGAGGAGGAUGACGGGGAGGCCAGACCCCCUUGUCAAUCUUAUCCUUCGUAUAGUGGAUAGAAUAUACGUAACAAGCCACUGAUCCGGUAACAUUGGUAGGAUCAGGAGGGUUGAAGUGCUAUGCCAGAAACAAAUCUCAUGGCUGGAAAGCAACCUUGCCUUCUACGGUUUGCAUCAGCGACGAUGUACACCU